UAAUCUAUUAUCUAUAACAGUAUUUUAAUUAAAUAGCUCUGGUUAAUAAUAAGUUGUUAUAUUUAAAAUACUUGAAUGUUUUAUGUAUCUGUAGUUCUAAUUCUAUAGUAGGUAUAUAGGUAUAUUAUAGUACUUAUAAUUCCUGGAAUGUGAUUUUUUAGAAUAGUUUAAAUCAAUUUGUUAAAGUCUAUCAUGUCGAUAAUUAACGCCGAGACUUUUGUGCAAAACCAAUCUACUCAACCAUGUUCAAGUAUAGUAAAUCAAAACCCUGUUCAAAUUUUUGACUCUAACCUUAUAGGCCCAUUGAACGAUCCAGAAUACUUGAUUGAAAAUGCACAUUGUUUUCAAUACAUUCAUGACAUCAAUAAAUCAAAUGAAUCUAAGUUACAGACCAAACAAAACUAUCAAUUAACUAAUCAGUUUUUAUUUGGUUGUAACAUGCCACCACAUUAUUCUGUGUUAAGUAUAUCAUUAAUGGACAAAUAUGUGAGGUAUUUAAAAAAACCUACUGAAUUAGCUUCAAAAGCUUUUAAAUCGUAUAAAGAAAUUAUUGAUCAUGAACAAGAACUUUUUAUAAGUUGGCUAUCAGAAAAAUGGGAAGAACGUUUAAAAUAUCGGCGCUUAGAUAUUAAACCAAAUGUUGAUGAAUAUGUUGCUUCUGCAUGUAAAUUCAUCAAUAAUUAUAUUAAAACUCAUUACCAUGGAACAUAUAGAUCUAAGAUGAAAAUUGAUUUUAAUAGAGAUGACGAAAUGCUUGACAAAGUUGAAAUGACAUUAUGUGAACAUAUAAAAACAGCAGACACAAAGUAUAUGGCUUUUAUACCAAUAGUUGAUAUAACUAAGGAAAGUUCGAAAAUAUCCUUUACUAAUGGUAUAUAUUGUCCUUCUCCAAAGUUACCGUUAAUCAAAGAUGAAGUAUGUUGCAGGCUGUCAAAAGAGCAUUGUACAGAUAUAAAUAUUUGUUUAAGUAGCCUAAAGCAUAUAAUGAAUCUUGAAAAACCCAACAGUUUAUGGCUUAUACCUGUUAAUAUUCAAAAAGAUAGUGACAAAAAGUUGUAUAUCGGAGGAGCAUUAUCCACUGGGCAUUAUUCUCAACAAGAAAAAUUGUGUUAUUAUCUCAGAAAAGAACUUAAAAAAACUUUUAGGAAAGUAAUACCAGGUAGUGAAAGUGUUAUGGAUAAAUGCGAAUACAAUUAUGAUAAAUGGAUAUUACAAUCAUGUAAAAAUGAUAAUAAACAAUUGUAUAGUUUACUUAUUAGAAGCAAACCACAUGUACAAAUAGUUUUACCCAACAAUGAACGCACAGAAAAAGUGUUGACACCCAAAGUUGAGUACCAGCCAGAAUUCGGCUUUGAAAAAGUUACUGAAGAACAACUCGCUGAAUAUUGGAUGGAUACAUACUUUAGAACACCAAAGAGCAAACUUACUUUAGUUUCGGUGCAGUACAAUAUGGAUUUGAUGAUGAUAAAAGAGAGACAAGCUGAUAAAAUUUGUACAAAAAUUGAUGAAAAAAAACAAUCUUACUUACUGAGACUUUUAUUAAUGUUUGAAAAACUUAAACAAUUGGAUGAGGGAGAUUAUGUUUUAUUGCACAAUCCCAAAAAACCUUUUCAAAUAGAAAUAUAUCAAUCAUCUCCAUAUGGAGGUUUCAAUUUACUUAACAUGUACUUUGUGUUACAACAAUCUGAAGUUCCAGAUUCUCUGACUUGGGUUCCUAUAGAUAACAACAUAAUAUGUCCAAUCCACGAACAUUUUAAAAUUGCGCCUUGUAUGUUCAGACCUAAUCCAACACCUUUAAAAAUUGAAGCUAUAACUGAUCAAGUUACCAAACUAAAAGCUAUCAUGGAACACAAAGAAAAAUUAAUAAAAGAACAAUUGGCACAUAAAAAGAAAAUGAAAAAAGAAAGGAGCAAAGCAAGAAAAAAAUUGGAGAAAGAAAAUGAUAAUGAAACUUAUAAUAUAGAAUCUUCAGAAUAAGAGCAUUUUACAAUUUGUAUGAAUAUCAUAUAAUGUCAGUUAUUACUUACUCCUAUAUAAUAAUGAGUAUUCAUUUUAUAAUGAGGAUUUAUUAUAAAACCUUUUGAACUGCAGUAACUUAUAUAUAUUAUUACUUGUUAGUUGUUAGCUUCGAAUCAAAUUUGAGGUUAAUGAAAUCUUACUAUUACCUACUGAUAGGUAUGGGUUACAUCUAGAGGACGUGAAAAAGUUAGUUUAAGGUGCCAAUUUAAAAAAAAUAAUAAUUUUCCUUUAUGAUUAAAAAAUUGUCUAGGAGAAUGGGAUUUUGAUUUAUAAUAAAAGAGUAUGUCAUAUUAUAGUUGUAUCUUAUCAAAAAAUGGGAUCAGCGCUACUUACAUGGAUAUUUUACACCAUAAUGAAAAAUGAUGUAAAUUGCAACUUGUAUUAAAAUGUCAUCACAGC